AUGGCCAAUGAGGUGUAUGCCAUUGACCCCACGCUGGUGUACGAUGACCCGGAUGACACGCCGCUGGACAUUAAGUGGAACAACAUUAUUUCCCUGCUGGUGCGGCAGAACCAAGACAAUCAGGUUGUCAUUGACCAGCUGGUGCUACAGAAUCGGUUGCAACAGGACCAGAUCGAUGAGCUGAUUAGGCGGCUCGCCUACAUUAACCCGGUCGAUAGCGAUAUUUAA